AUGGCCGAAAAUUUCGAAUUAGCUGCUGAAGAAAUCGCUAACUUCUUCAAGAAUAAAGGUGAUACCUCCGAUGACAACAAGUUAGAAUUAUACGCCUUAUACAAGUAAGGUACCACUGGUGACAACACUACCGCUAAGCCUGGUAUGUUGGACUUCAAGGGUAAGGCCAAAUGGGAAGCUUGGAACAAGAAGAAGGGUGUUUCUUAAAACGAUGCUAAGGCCUAAUACGUUGUUCUUGCCAACAAGGUCCUCGCUACCGUUGGAAAGAAGGUCUGA